AUGUGCCGGACACAUGAGGAUGAAGGACCAAAGCAUGAGAGGAGCCUCUACCAAAUCGUGGAGGUGGAUAACCGAGACCUCUGCCCCCCUGGAGAGCAGGCAUCUGUCACUGACAUGAGGGUACGUUACAUCCCUGGUGAGCCCGAUGUACAGCCAGAGGUGCAGGUCCUCCCUCAGUCCUGCGAUCCUCAGACCAUUGCAUACUUGAUCCACGUGAUCCAGAAUUUGAACGAUCCUGAAGCUACCACGUACGAGAUUGUCUGCCAGCAGCCUCACAACGUGGGGCAGCCUAUUUACGUGAAAAAGUGCUACGUGUCACCCCAGCCACCAGCAGUCCCAUGUGACAGGAGCAGCCACCCAGAGCCACGACCACAAAGGGAUGAGCGAGAAAAAGGGGAGCCCGAACCGCCACGGCAGGAGGGCACACCAGCUUCCAGCUCCCAGGAUCUCGAGCCACAGGAGAGGUCUGAAACAGGGGUGAAGGAAGGAGUUCACCAGGCUUCUGCCUCUGAGCUGGAUGGUGUUAGGGGUGACCCUUGUCAGGCAAAGACCAAGGAGGACGGGAGGCACAGCCAGCACCCCAAGAUUCCCGACGCAGAAGAGAAGGAGCAUCAGCCCCAGGGAGAUGGAUCAAAAGCUGCCAGGAAGCAGGUCCCAUGGGAAACCAAAUCCAGCUGCCAGGUGAGGGAGCAUGAGGACAGGGAGGCCAAGAGCUGCCCACCUCUGCCCCAGGCUCCGGAGCCACGGGAAGCUUGCAAGACAGGCCAGCGAGCCGCUGAAGAGAGCCAUCCCCAGCCACCCCAGAGAGAUGAAGCGAGCCGCUGCCAUGAGGAUGCAGAGCUUCCCCCGCCAGAGAAGAGCUGCCAGCCACAGCAGGAGGAGAACAGCAAGAGCAGCUCCCGGCAAGUGAGCGAUGCCCAGCCUCAACGGGAGGAGGAACCACGCCUUUGCACUAAGCAGAGCCAGGGUCCCCCUGGCCCCCCGGUCUCACAGGAGGCACCGAGCCAUGCUGCUGGGGAUAAAGCCAAGGCAUCUUGA